AUGGAAUCUGUGGCUUCUGGUUCUUGCUCUUCUUCAUCAAAAUCCAAAACCCAGUGGAUAUACGAUGUGUUUCUGAACUUCAGAGGAGGAGACACUCGUAGCACCUUCGUUUCCCAUCUCCACAGUGCCCUUUCAAACGCGGGAAUCCACACUUUCAUCGAUGAGGGGCUUCAGAAGGGACAGAACCUGGGGCCAGAACUGCUGCGAGCAAUUGAAGGGUCUCAGAUAGCAAUAGUUGUGUUCUCCAAGAACUACGCUGAAUCUGGUUGGUGUCUUGACGAGUUGGCGAAAAUUGCAGAAUGUCACAGAAGUCAUGGGCAGGUUGUUGUGCCCAUAUUUUACGACGUUGAUCCAUCGGUUGUUCGUAGACAAACGGGUGAUUUUGGCAAAGCGAUGGAAGCAGUUGGUGUGAGAAAAUUCCAGGGAAAGAUCUUGCUCGAUUCAUUGAUGAGGUGGAGCGACGCACUCCACCAGGUUGCAAAUUUUACUGGCUGGGAUAUGAGGCAGUGCAGAGAUGAAGCUGAACAAGUGAAGAAAAUUGUAAAUGGAAUUUUGGUAGAGCUAGACAACACAUUAUUAUCCAUUACCCAGUUUCCAGUUGGCUUAGAAUCUCGUGUAAAAGAAGUGAUUCGGUUUAUUGAAAAACAAUCAGGCAAAGUUUGUAAAAUAGGGAUCUGGGGGAUGGGUGGAUCGGCAGGAACCACUUUGAUUGAGGAAAGACUUCGUGGAAAAAGAACACUCAUUGUACUUGAUGAUGUGACUAUGUUGGAGCAAUUGCAUGCCCUAUGUGGAAAUCGUAAAUGGAUAAGCUAUGGAAGUGUGUUUAUUGUUACAUCUAGAGACAUGAGAUUACUUAAUUUACUUGAAGUUGAUCACAUUUGUAGAGUGGAGGAAAUGAAUGAAGAUGAGUCUCUUGAGCUUUUUAGUUGGCAUGCUUUCAGGGAUGUAACUCCGACAGAAGACUUCAUUGAGGUCUCAAGAAAUGUGGUUUCUUAUUGUGGAGGACUACCACUAGCCCUUGAAGUGCUUGGAUCUUACUUGCACAAGAGAACCAAACAGGAAUGGAAAAGUGUAUUAUCAAAGCUAAAAAUAAUUCCCAAUAACCAAGUUCAGGAGAAAUUAAGAAUAAGCUUUGAUUGUUUACAGGAUCAGAUGGAAAGGGAUAUUUUUCUUGACAUUUGUUGUUUCUUUAUUGGAAAAGAUAGAGGCUAUGUUACGGAGAUACUGAAUGGCUGUGGACUGCAUGCUGAUAUUGGAAUAACAGUUCUUAUAGAGCGUAGUCUCGUGAAAGUUGAAGAGAAUAAUAAACUUGGAAUGCAUGAUUUGCUACGAGACAUGGGAAGAGAGAUUAUUCGUCACAGUUCAACAAAGGAUCCUGGGAAGCGCAGCCGAUUGUGGUUUCAUGAGGAUGUACUUGAUGUAUUGACAUAUAACACUGGGACAGAAGCCGUUGAGGGAUUGGCAUUGAAAUUGCAUGGAAUUGGUAGAGAUUGCUUUGAAGCAAAUGCCUUUAAGGAAAUGAAAAGAUUGAAACUUUUGCAGCUUGAUUCUGUACAACUUACUGGGUCUUUUGGGUAUCUUUCAAAGCAGCUGAGAUGGGUUUGUUGGCAAGGAUUUCCUUUGAAAUACAUACCUGGAAACUUUUAUCAAGGAAGUGUAGUUGCGAUAAACUUAAAACACAGUAAUCUUAAACUAGUGUGGAAGGAACCUCAGUUGCUGGAGUGCCUAAAAAUCCUCAAUCUUAGUCAUUCCAAAAACUUGGCCACGACCCCUGACUUCUCUAAACUACCAAAUCUUGAAAAGCUCAUUCUCAAAGAUUGUCCACGUUUGUGCAAGGUACACCAGUCCAUUGGAGAUCUCUGCAAACUUCUGCUGAUAAAUUUGAAGGACUGUACAAGUCUUGGCACUCUUCCAAGGAGAAUCUAUAAGUUGAAAUCUGUGAAAACUCUAAUCCUCUCUGGUUGUUUGAAGAUGGACAAGUUGGAUGAAGACAUAGUGCAGAUGGAAUCCUUAACAACUUUAGUAGCAGAAAAUAUCGCUGUGAAACAAGUUCCCUUUUCGAUAGUAAGAUCAAAGAGCAUUGGAUAUAUAUCCCUGUGUGGACAUAAAGGAUUAUCACGUAAUGUUUUUCCGUCUAUCAUUUGGUCUUGGAUGUCACCAACAGUAAAUCCCCUAUCUGGUAUUUACCCAUCUUGGGGCAUGUCAUCGUCUCUAACCUCCAUCGAUGUGCAGAGUAACAAUUUGGGUGAUCUACCAUCAACACUUAAAAGCCUUUCAAAACUUCGAAGUGUUUUGUUGCAUUGUGACACGGAGCUUCAACUAUCUAAAGAAUUAAGAACAAUUUUGGAUGAUGUGUGUGAUGUAAAUUCUAUUAAAUUAGAAGUAAUGUCGCAUACAUCACAGCUCAGAGAACAUUCGCUGAGGCCUUAUUUGAUUGAAAUAGGAAGUUAUCAUGAAGUCUUCAAUACUCUCAGCAAGAGCAUAUCAGAGGUUCCUUCUGCCAACUUUCUUUUGAUCAUUAAUCUUGGAAAAAUAUCUAAAGGAAAAUCCUGUGCAUGCCUUCUAGAGCUUCCCCUUUCUUUCAAAUAG